AUGUCUUUGGUAGGCACCUGUUGCCGCCUUCUCAACGUCGCCUGGCGCAUGGUCCUGCGGGCAUUCUCUCGCAUCCAGUCACGCGAGGCGGUGUACAGGGCUCCUUUGAUUGAUGGCGAGGAGCAGGAGGUAGCACCUGAGGGACUCCAGGCGCCAAAGCUCUCCGAGGAAGAGCGUGCGCGAAUUCUUGGGAACAUGCUGCCGCGUCGAAUCCCUCAACUCCCCAAAGAGUGCGAUGAGAAGGUCCUAGAACAGCUCCAGGAGGAUUUCAUGGAGAUAGCACGGUCAGCUGAUUCCGAGGCCGCCUUUGAAGCUGUAAAGGAAGCACCAACUCAGAUUGUGAAUGCUUGUGAUGAGUGCUCCGGCACCGCGUUGCACUUCUUCGCCGCGGAGGGUCAUGUACAGGCAUGCCGUGCGCUGCUGUCACGGGACGACUUUGUGGAGAUGAACGCCAGGAAUGGCAUUGGUUCCACUGCGCUGCACAUCGCCGCAGCGAAUGAUGAAGAGGAGAUUUGCAAAAUGAUCUUGAACUGCCCCAGGCCGGGGGUAUCCCAGCUGGGCUGGGGCUGGGCUGCUGAUGUAGCCUCCGCUGGAUCGGGCUGA